AUGAAGAGGACUCGUAGAGGUACUAUUGAGGCUUCAUCAUCUCGACCUAAUAGACAGCUUCCCACGACCUCAACGAGAAGACAAAGAGCGGCUCCCCAAGAUCACUUUGAGGAUACUAUAGAGGUUGAAGAUGUAGCUCCUACUCAUGAUAAUAAUGUUGACGCAGAGGUUAAGGGUCCCAAAUAA